AUGUGUAUGUAUCUGUGUGAAUGCUGGCAGAUUGUCGCUGUUGCUGUUGGUGCUGCUAAUGCUGCUGCUGAUGGAUCUGAUGCCAGUGAUUCGGACACUGAAGAGAUACCAAUGGAGAUGGACCUGACCACAGCUGGCGCGCCAAUUUCUGAUGAUGAAGCUGAAUUACAAAAAAAUUUGGCCAGUCAGUCAAAAUUUGUUAUGUAUGCUAAAAUGAUCUUACCUCACAUUGGUCUCGUCCUGUUGUUGUUUGCAUACUUAGUUAUUGGCGCUAUUGUAUUUCAUUAUAUUGAGGCACCAAACGAACGAAAGGUGAAGAAUCAAGAACUGGAGACAAUUUUUAAGUUACGAGACAAUUUUCAUGACGUUAUUUGGAACCUGUGGAAUUUGACACGAACAAAUGAAAGUGUUGUUUCCAGGGAAACUUUUAACGAAAUUGGUCAAAUCUAUUUUAAAGAUCUGAUAAAAGCGGUGUUCAAAGCUUAUCGAAAUCAGUUCAUUAACGACCGACAUUUACUUAACCAAACAGAUGGCGACGAAAUUCUGUGGACCUACGCAAACAGCAUUUUUUUCUCGGUUACUGUUAUUACCACGAUUGGGUAUGGUAAUUUAGUACCUGCGACUCGACUGGGUCGUGUUGCAUGCAUUUGUUUCGCCUUGUUUGGUAUUCCGUUACUGUUGAUAACCAUUGCUGAUAUUGGCAAAUUUCUUUCCGAUUUUCUCUCAUUUCUUUAUCGUACCUAUCGGUCUUUCAAGAGAAAGGUGGCCAAGCAAUCAAGACGAAUAUCGCAACAUUAUCGUGAUCGUGAUCGUUCCUUAUCACAAUCGCAACAAAGCUGUUCGUCAUCGAUGAAAGCCGGUAGCAUAAAUCUUGGCGAUAUGGAAAGUGUUUCUGGUGAUAGCACUGAGCAUCAAAAUCUGAUAGAGUAUAUGUAUCGAAAAGUACAACAAUAUACUUGUUUGAAGGACGAACUACGAAUACCUGUUGUCAUGGUACUUUUUGUGUUGGUCGCUUAUACGACAAUUGGUGGAGUACUGUUUCGGGCAUUAGAAGAAUGGCAAUAUUUUGAUGCAUUUUAUUUCUGCUUUAUAACUAUGGCAACAAUUGGAUUUGGUGAUAUUGUACCAACGAGACAAGUUUAUUUAUUCUUCACUAUGGCUUACAUCAUCUUUGGACUGUCUUUAGCAACAAUGUGUAUUGAUUUAGCCGGCACAGAAUAUAUUCGAAAAAUUCAUUAUAUCGGCACGAAAAUGGAAGAUGCAAAAGGCGCUGUUAUGACAGGUCUUCAAGCCGGUGAACAUCUUCUGAAGCAUACCGGUAUCGAAGUAAUACGGACAGCCGGUGGUAAAUUAGUUCAAGUCGGCGGCGCAGUGCUUAGUUCAAAACAAGCUCAAGAACUUGGCGUUGAUUAUGUGUUAGCAGAUUUGCAAUACCAUCAAAAAAAUAUCCUCUAUGAACCACUUAGUCAAGCAGUUCAAAAACUCGUUAAAAGCGCUAAUAUUAAGAUUUUACCUGAUGAAUUAACGGAAAAAGAUGGUUAUAUUGUACAAAAUAAAAGUUACGAUAAACCGGGCUGGAAACGAUAUGCGUUAUUUCGGCGUAGUCCAAAUGCGAUUCAACGGGUAUUAGUACCCUCAAAGGGUAACCGUAUUGUUGUUGUGCCAUUUUUAUUGAAGGAAAGUAAUGUAUAG